GCGAACGCAACCCAAGAACUGUACUCUGAGUAGUAUGUAUUUUUGCAUAUUUUCCACGUGUUUAACAGGCUGGUACAGCCGAUCGACUCUCUCUCUGUGGGAAUACCAAACAGGUGGAAAUUAUCAGCUGUCACCAUGAGCACCAAACAACGACAAAGGGAAUCUGGAGAUGUGGAGGAUACCGAAUUUGCAACAGCAGAAUCAGGCUUCUCCUUGACUUAUCCUCAGCAAUGUUCAGCUCUCCGGAAAAAUGGACAUGUUGUGAUAAAGGAACAUCCAUGUAAAAUAGUGGAAAUGUCUACUUCUAAAACUGGGAAACAUGGACAUGCAAAGGUACACUUGGUUGGAAUCGACAUCUUCACACAGAAGAAAUACGAGGAUAUCUGCCCAUCUACUCACAAUAUGAGUGUCCCUGUUGUGACGCGCUGUGAUCGACAGGUUGUCGAUAUAAGCACGGAUGAUGGAUACAUGUCACUGCUUGAUGGUGCUGGUGAAUUAUCACAGGUUAGAACACCACAAGGAGAUUUGGGAAAGGACAUCAAGGAGAAGUUUGAAAAGGGUGACGACCUGACUGUCACGCUGAUCAAUGCUAUGGGCGAGGUGGCAGUACAAAGCGUAAAGAGUACCAAUAACCCUUAGUAAGGCACACAUUUCCUUGAGAAGUCUACAAGUACAGUGGACAUGGAUAUCUUAAACAUCUGUCGCACGUGUCGGUGGUAAAGAAUCACAGGCCUACAAGAGGACAGCAUUCCCACACACCAACAGCACUGGGUCUGAUCCCAAGCUGAAUCGGAUGUCGGACUUACUAUAUCAGUCACGUGACUGUAUUUAACUACAAGCCAGCAAAUGAUAUCGUAAAGAUACCAUCUUUACAAAGAAUAUGAUACCGUUCUGAGUUAGUGAACAAAUUGAAAAAAUAUCAAUUGUUAUCAAGAUGUCCAGUUAUCUUGUAUUUCUCUUAACGUCAUCGUAUGGAAAUGUGAAAAUAUUUUUUAUAUACUACUUAUUCUUUCUCUGUAAUAAACUUUACAAAAUCA